AGUAUGCUAGUGAUUUGCAGCUUAUUCGAAAGAGUUUUUGUAGUCAAGAAUCACAAGUGACUGCAUCGCAUACGCUAGGCAAAGUUGUUUGACAUUUGAGUCUCUUCCUAAAUGUAAUACAUAAUCGCGCAUCGCAAUGGGGAUACUGGAAAAAAUCUCGGAAAUUGAGAAAGAAAUUGCACGAACGCAAAAAAACAAAGCCACUGAAUACCAUUUGGGUUUGCUGAAAGCAAAACUUGCCAAGUAUAGAUCCCAGCUGUUGGAACCGUCGAAAAAGUCCGAAAAGGGCGAAGGUUUUGAUGUGCUGAAGUCGGGAGAUGCCAGAGUCGCGCUGAUCGGUUUUCCAUCAGUUGGCAAAUCCACCCUACUCAGUACCUUAACUGCCACUCAGUCAGAGGCUGCAUCCUAUGAAUUUACUACCUUGACAUGUAUUCCUGGUGUUAUUGAAUACAAAGGCGCUAAUAUACAAUUGCUGGAUCUGCCUGGUAUAAUUGAAGGAGCAGCACAGGGAAAAGGACGAGGUAGACAGGUCAUAGCUGUUGCCAGAACAGCCGAUUUAGUUCUUAUGAUGUUGGAUGCAACUAAACAGGACGUUCAACGACAACUCUUGGAAAAAGAAUUGGAAUCAGUUGGGAUAAGACUUAAUAAGAAGAAACCGAAUAUAUAUUUCAAGGUGAAAAAAGGUGGCGGAUUAGCCUUCAAUUCAACAUGUCCUCUGACAAAAAUAGAUGAAAAACUAGUCCAAAUGAUUCUUCAUGAGUAUAAAAUCUUCAAUGCUGAGGUGUUGUUUCGUGAGGAUUGCAGUGCAGACGAAUUGAUUGAUGUCAUCAAUGCGAACCGAGUGUACUUGCCCUGCCUUUAUGUAUAUAAUAAAAUAGAUCAAAUAUCGAUAGAGGAAGUCGAUCGAAUCGCCAGGCAACCUAAUAGUGUUGUAGUUAGUUGUAAUAUGAAGUUGAAUCUAGACUUCUUGCUGGAAACGUUAUGGGAGUAUCUAUCUUUGAUAAGAGUAUACACAAAAAAACCUGGCCAACCACCUGACUUUGAUGAUGGUUUAAUAUUGAGAAAAGGUGUAACAGUGGAGCAUGUGUGUCAUGCAAUCCAUCGUACACUUGCUCAACAAUUUAAAUACGCUCUUGUAUGGGGUACAAGUACCAAAUAUUCACCUCAGCGAGUAGGAUCACAGCAUGUGAUGCAUGAUGAAGAUGUUGUACAAAUAAUGAAAAAAUAAAUUUUGAUGAAAUUUGUAAAAUCAUUGAUGAACAAAUGUCGAUAAAGCAAUCAUAUAUAUAUAUUUAUAUAUAUACAUAAAUCAUAAGCAAAUUACUACUACCAUCAAUAAAUUGUAAAAUUUGAUUGUACAAUCUUAUGAUGAAUAUGCGUUUAUAGAUUAUAUAUUUCAAGAAGCUUAUGAUCUUCUCUACAUAUUGUUUCAAUAAAAUUUGCAAAAACAAAGCCAACUUAUU